AUAGUGGUUUGUAUGCGAGUGUGAUUAAGUAUGCAAUUUUUUCGUAAAAUCACCUAGUUAAAAAAUUAUUGUGCAGAAGUUAAAAGAAGUCAUUUACAUGUGGUUCUAAUUUUAUUAAUCGCUUUGACUGACGUUGUUCCGGUUUGAUUUUGUGGUAGGCAGUAUGACUCAAGUCAGAAGUUUACCCAGAAUCGUUGUCUAUCGAUAAAUGUGUUGGACCUAAGUCAAGUAAGCUCUAUUCUACUUGACCACUAACUGUUCGCGUGUUGACACUAACAUUUCGCUUUACUUAAACUCUCAUACAUACAUAUUCGUUCGUUCACACACACUCUCACGCCGAUAUAUAUUCUCACAUAAACAUACAUAUUCUUUCUGUCAUUCACUUCACUGACACAAAAUGGAAAGUUAAUUCAAUUAUUUGCUCCUCAAAGAUUUCUCUUCGACGAAUUCACUGAUAGUAUUACUGGAUUUUACCUCGCAACAGGUCUAGACAGUUGAAAUUUACACACAGAAGUGUAAGACUUACACUCAGAACUGCAGGAGUUACUUUUGGAAUCGGAGUUACACUUGGAAUUAAUAUAUAGACCAGAUUUCAAUUCAAAGGAAAAAUUAUGGUUUAGGAAAUAAGAGCAGAUUUUUUUAGAUAGAACAAUGGAACUUUUUGACAAACUUCAGACUGAAUGGAAGGAAAAGUUUCCUGAUGAUGUUCUGCCUGAAAUUAUUCCAAAAGAUAAAAAGAUCUGUACAUCUGUGUUACUGGAUGUCAUCAGUAAGUCUGAGGAAGAAAUGCAAGAUUUGGAGAAAAGAAUUAAGCAACUGAAAUUAUUACAGGAGUUCUUAAAAGCGUUUGUGGAAAGAAUUCAAGAGACUUCUGAGCAAGAUGAAAAUAAGUUUGAUAAUUCCAGUUCUAUUGCGAAUGAAAUCAGGAAACUAGCCACUGAGACUGUUGCUAUUUCAAAACAUAUUUAUGCAGACGAUUUUUAUCGGGAGACCGAACCUUCAGAUGCUGCGCCUGACUGCAAAUAUGAUCCUGACUCAACCAAAAAUCGUCCCUAUAGUGUCGAUUAUCACCUUACCAGGCGAACCAUGCUCGGAACUGAAAGUGAAAACAAAGAACUAGAUGCAAGUCUGAAUCAAGAAAAUGAUGUGUCUGAUAAAAAGCCGGUAACAUCACCACUUACCCACAGUUUUUCUACGCCUCUUCCUAAGAAAAACCUAAUACGGAAGCCGCCAGUCAAACAGCCAGUUAAAUUGCCCAGGAAUCGCCCCCGUGUAGCGAGCGUGUCGCCUGGGAUCGAAGAUGAAAAUACUGACAGUUUUAAUAGUCACACAAGCUCUCUCACAAACGAGAAUAAAUUGUCAUCAAGUUUUAAAUCCACCAAAAGACCUAAACCGCCUAGUCUACCCCCCAAACCUAAAAAGUCUUUAUCUAUGAAGGACUCUGGUUUAAGUGUUGCGCUUAAGAGUAACAAUAGCUGCAACAGUAGCACCCCUAGUUGCAGUAGCAGCAGCUGCAACAGUAACAUCAGCAGCACUAAUCAGAGUAAUGCUUGUUCUAUAGAGGAAAACAUUGAUAAUGCCACUGGUCAGUCGAGUGCUGCUAUAAACAGUGUUAAUUCAUCAACAUCACCAGUUGGCGGUGACAGUAAUACACUGAGUAAAAGAUUAACGACAAACAAUCAGGUCAAUUCAGUAGGUCAACAACAGCCUUUAUCAGCGGGACUAAAUACAAAAACGAGUUUACUAUCAAGCCAAGCAAACACAGCUCGCAACUGUAGCUGUCAAGGUAGUAGUAGUUUCACUAGCAACGGGGAAGAGAUCAUAGCAGCGGAAUAUCGAUCCCAUUCAUCUCGUGCUUCACUUAGCGGAUCCGAUCCAACUAAAGACUUGUUGAAGCCUUUCGUUGAUAAAGACGAAGAGAAACCCCAAUUUUCUGAGAAAGAACAGGAAGGUGACGAUCAUUUCGAAAAAUCCGAGACACACGAAAGUCAGUGUAAACAAGCGUGUGUUGCUGAUACUGAGCAGACGUCUUUAUUGAGUGAAGUAGCGAACGAAGUAGAAGUAGAAGCCGAGUCGCCUGAGAACAACCCAGUCGUUGGUGUAGCGGGAAGAGAGUCUGGUGAUCUUGAGAUCGAAGUUGAGUGUGAUAAAAGCGAGGCUGAAAUCGGCAGCAACCAGAACGACCACCAGAAUGGUCACGAAGAAAAUAAAAUAGUCACGGAAACCAGUAAUAUCAACAGCAGCAACAUGUUGGGUUCUAAGAAGCACAAAGAGAUCCACAUUGUCAGCUAUCGGAAAUUAGAUGGGGACUUCAUCGAGACUCCUUUGCACAGCAGUGCGACUUUAGUCAAGCCUGAAAGGCGAUCACAAGUGAGUGAUGAUGUUAUGACACGGUCAACAGGUGCUAUUGAGGAUUCUAGACUAUGGUCUUCAGAUAAGGGUUUUGAUCGGAAGCGUAUUUCUUCACCGUUUGAUUUCCGAUUCAAUAAAUUCGAUGACAAAUCGAAGAGCCACGAAACCAACGUUUCUCUUACCGAGAAACCUGAGGAAAUUAACUUUUUGAAUAGCAGAUCACAUGGGUUAGCGAAUGGUAAGCAGAUCGAAGGUUCUGUUCCGAAAGAGCAAGAAAUCAAAAAUGAAAGAAAAUCCUCCAUUGAUGACCAAUCCCCGAACAUCAUGCAGCAAUCUGUUGACAUGAGAAAAUCUUUUGCUGAGUUUACGGACGUGGAUUCAGAUUCUUCAGACAUAAAAGUAGGCAAGAAUUCAUCACAGCAAAGUUUGAUAUCACAGACUGUGGACACAGAUGAUUGUACUGAUGAUGAAAAUAUCUUACCGGAAUAUGACUUUAUUCGAGAGUAUGAAGAAUCAGCAGAUGAUGCCAAUUUACUAAAGAUGAGGGAACGAGCCAUUCGAGGAUUUCUGGCACAAGAAGAAACUUUUAUCAAAUACUUAGAGCAUUUAGAAAAGCUGAUGGAUAUGUUCAGUGCAUCAGUGAACAGUAAGGACAGUAUAUUAACUCAACAAGAUAUAGCAAGCAUUUUUUCCAAUGUCCCCAAGAUUUUGAAUGUCCACAGAGAAUGUGUGCUGCAGCUGACUCCAAAGGUGCAGAACUGGAGUCAUUCAGAGACUGUUGGACCAACACUAAAAGAACUUUUGGUACAUUUUCCAGAUUUUGAGGAAUAUUCAAAAAAUUACCCAAAUGCAUGUGAUACGGUUCUUCGAUGUGCACAAACUAAUAAUUACUUCAAAAAGGUUGCAGAGGAUGCAUUCACAGUCCCUGACAAAGAGUCAAUUAACCUUAUAACUCUUCUCCAGAAACCCAUUGGUCAACUUCAACAGAAUGCUUCAUUUAUACAAGAAUUGUUACGGUUCACUCCAAAAUCUCAUCCAGAUUAUGACAUUUUGUCAGGAACAUGGCGGAUUACACAACAUAAUUUAAACGACUCUUCCAUUCAUGCUGAUCAGGUAGAGAAUGACCAUUAUCUUCUGAAGGCUGAACAUCUUGUAGAAUUGCUCAGUAACAAUGCCAGAAAACUACGUUGUUUCUUUCUGUUUAGUGAUGUGAUUGUUUGUACCAAACAAAAGUUCUACCAAAAAGAUUCAUUUGAUGUUAAAUGGUUCAUUCCAAUACACAAGCUUGAAUUUCAUUCCAGUACAGAUCAUAGAGCAGAAACAAAUUAUAAGUUUACAGAAACCAUCGACGAAUUAAAGAAAAGAAUGAGCAGUAUAGAAACAGAAUUACGAAACAGAAAAUUGAAAUUAUCUUCAAAAGUCUCAGAUCGAACGACAGAGAAAUUGACAAAAAAGCUGAUCGAACAUCAACGAGAAAUAGCACGACUUUCUGGUAGCUUGGAGUUUAAAUUGAAAGAUGGCAAAAAAGUAUAUACCUUAUUGAUGUCUACAAAUUAUUCCCGUGAAGAAUGGAAAGAAGCCAUCAUUUCUUUAAAAGAUAAAUCUUUUCAAGACUGUAACUACACAACAUCUGAUAUCCAGCAAAUAGUAACAAAUUGUAAAAAGUUACCAAGCAUAAUCAACACAGUAUUUUCACAGAAAGUAGAGGAACAUCUGUUUGGAGGAUCCUUGUCUGUGACUCUUCAUGAACUGACUGGCCUUGAUGAAGUUUGUGGUACAUAUUGCUGUCUGGAGCUCGACUCUUGUGGGCAGUUCUUCACCAAAGCUCGGUCUGCUGUCAAAGAAUCAACUAAUCCAGUUUGGAAUGAAGAAUUUGAAUUGGAACUUGACUAUUCUCAAACAUUGCGGAUCCUUUGUUUCAAGAGGAACAUAGACAACGGUGACAUUCUUCUUGGAAAAAGUGCUCUUGCACUAAGUAAGGACUGGCUAUCUAAUUUCACCCGGAAGACGAUUUCUAUGAAUAAGAUCUCAUUAGUUAUUUCAGUUUAUCAUAUUCCACCGAAUAAGAUGAUCCAAAGAAUUCCAUCAAAAGUGAAAACCGGUGUCUUUGGCGUUGAUGUUCAGAAAGUUGCUCUUGAACGCUGUCUCAGCCAUCAAGGAAAAGUAAUACCAGACAUCAUUCCAAUCUGCACUCGAGAAUUAGAAAAGAGAGGUCUAGAUGAAGUUGGUAUCUACAGAGUGUCAGGAGGAUUAACUGAAGUUAAACAGUUAAAAUGUGCAUUUGAAAAAAAUACGAUGAAAGCCCGGCGUAUAGUAGAAGAUAAUGACUGUAGUGUUCACACAAUUGCUGCUGUUUUGAAACUUUACUUUAGAGAAUUGCCUGAACCAUUAUUUACGAAUCUUCUGUAUGACAAAUUUAUUGGCAUUUCUGAUAUAAAAGAACCUGAACAGAAAGAAAAAGAACUCAUCUCCCUGAUUCAUUCUCUUCCUGAGGUCAAUUAUAACAUACUUCUACAUAUGCUUGAUCAUCUCAAAUGCGUCCAUGAGUAUUCCUCCCAAAAUAAGAUGACUAAUGGCAACCUAUCUGUGAUUUUCGGACAGUCUCUGAUGCAACCAGCACCGACACCGGAGCCAUCACCAGCAACGGAACCAGGUUCAGCACAAGAGGCUUUAGCUUACAUGAAUGCUCUUCACCAGAACAAUAUUCUGAAAUAUCUCUUGGACUUAAAAUGCUCUGGAAAAAACUUUCUCAAACCAUGAAGCUUCAAACUCAUUAUUUUUCUGUGCAAAAUAAAAAAAUAAAAAAAAAAGAAACAAAUGCAUAAUGCCUUCACACAUUUUCAUGGUUUGUUUUUAAGUUGGAGAGGAAGAGAGAGACUGCUUGCUAGCCAUUUAUUCACACUGCAUUUUUUCAAACAGUAUCAUCUUUGUUCACUCCUUCAUUAUUUUUAAACUUCUCGCCAAGCUUGAUUGCAAAGUACGUCGGCCAUGAUACUUAUAUACAAACAUGGCUAUUUGCAAGCUUGGCAAGAUGAAACCAAGCGAUAAUGUCAUCAUCGAUCACGAUAAUGUCAAUCAUUGAAAUUGUUAUUAUUAUUAUUAUUAUUAUGAAACUCAUGAUAACGAUAAUUGACAUGAUUUGCUUUUUGAAAGGGGUCGAUGACGAGAAGGGAUGUUUGCAUUGAUGACAAUGCUGUUGUUGCCUGUGUUGUUGCUACUGUUGCUAAUGCUGCUGUUGAUGAUAAUGAUGGUAUUGAAACCUGAGAUAAUUAAUCAGCAUGGUGUUAAAUGUUAUAUUAUUCUUGCCUCUCCACCAAAUCUCAUCUCACUCUUUCAUCAGCUUACUUGUUGAAACACUGGACUUCAAAAACCUCUUGUUUGCAAUCUAAUUGCUUUAAAAUGUUCCUAAAACUUAUACAUUAUUUCACUAAACCUCCACACAUUCAUCCUAUAUUUUCCGAUUUUUGCCUCACUUUUUUUAAUCAGUUAUUGAGGCAGAUAUUGUAUAUGCUUAUGUACAUAUCAUUAUUUUUCUCAUUUGUGCCUGUGUGUAUACGUAUGUAUGUUGGUGUGCAUAUGUAUGUAUGUAGUGUAUGUGUGUGAAUAAAUAAAUAUAUAUAUAUAUAUAUAUAUAUAUAUAUAUAUAUAUAUAAAUAAUGAUGUAUGUCAGAAGUGGUAUAUUGUGGACACUGAAAGUUGGUGAUGUAAACGUUAUAAAAAGUAAAUUUGAACAUUAUUUUAUGAACAUGAUAUAUUUAGAUGUUAAUAUAUAUCAUUUAUAAAUAUUACAAGAAAUCAUUUAUUGAAGUGACUUUCUGUAGUUGAAAAUUUAGUAGGAAGAGUUACUAAUUUCAUUUUUAGUUUUUUAAAUAGUUUUGUCACAGUUGUUUGAAAUAAACAAACGCUAAGACUAAAGUAACGAUUAAAUAGCAUGCUUUGAACUAGCUAAGUGAUGCUAUCUCAUAGCUUGGCAUAUGGCAUGAUUCUCCUAUGAACUAUUCACUCUCUAUGCUGGGCUACAUAUUGUAAUCUAAAUCUUUAGUUCCAUGUGCUAAUCGCAUUACCUGCUUGUACCCCAAGAUUAACAUUGAAAUUUUGUGAUUAUUUAUAAGUAAUGCAUUUUUGCAAUAAACACUAAAAUCUAUUCUAACCCCUUGCAGGCGUACUUAGUACUGUCCGUCUAUGCUGUAUACCAGUAUUAGGCUGUUCAGUAACUACAUAAUUUUCCAGACAAGGAAUUUUACAGUGUAUUUACAAAUUUUUCUCAGUUUGGUAUAUUUGAAAACAUGGUGCUGUACAGAGCGAGACAUCACACUGCUCACACACAUAGUGUUUCAAUGCAGUCAGUACUGCUUCCCGUCUGCAAGGGGUUAACAAGUUUUCCUUAACCCCACUAAAGUCAAAGAUACUCUUCAUCCUUCUGGGGCCAAUAAAAUGAGUACCGCUGGGGCCAAUAAAAUGAGUACAGAGUGGGGCCAGUCUUCAUCAUGUGUACCCUCCACUAAAAUGUGAGACUGUUUAUGUAUGUUACAGACUAUUAUUAUUAUAUUAUAACUUUUAUCUUUUCUCAGGAUUUGAACUAUGUAAUUUGUGCUUUGUUUCUGCCACUGAGAGAGAAAAAAAUCUGAUGUGGAAAAAAGUCAAAUAUGAGAAUCUUAAUCCUUUUUAUCUCAGUAUAUUAUUUAGUUUGGUUAAGGCAAAGUUUUUCUUUUAUGCUCUGGCAGACAAAAAAAAAAAAGCAAAACAGAUAUCUGUUUUACCUCACAAAAUUUUACUCUACUUAAAA